UGUGCGUAUGUAUGUGUUUUUGUGUGUGUGUGUGUGUGUGUGUGUGUGUGUGUGUGUGUGUGUGUGUGUGUGUGUGUGUGUGUGUGUGUGUGUGUGUUUGUGUGUGUGUGUGUGUGUGUGUGUGUGUGUGUGUGUGUGUGUGUGUGUGUGUGUGUGUGAGAGUGUGUGUGUGUGUGUGUGUGUGUGUGUGUGUGUGUGUGUGUGUGUGUGUGUGUGUGUGUGUGUGUGUGUGUGUGUGUGUGUGUGUGUGCAUGCGUCGUGCGUGCGCGAGCACGCGUCCUUUUGCGUGUGCGUGUGCGUGUGUGUGUGAGGCGGCCGCUGGUGUCCCGGGUCAGACCUGUGUUCUUCAUCUCUCAUCAUGGCGGAGAAGCCGAGCUGGCCGAUCACGAGGGACUCCUACGAGCUGGAGACAGUCAUCGGUCAGUAUCUGAUCAACUAGAACCAGAAGGGGGAGCGACUCUGAGGCCGGGGGGCCACGGCCGUGGUCCAGGCCGCUCUCUGCUCCCCCAGACGGGAACGCGUCGCCAUCAAGAGGAUCAACCUGGAGAAAUGUCAGACCAGCAUGGAGGAGCUGCUGAAGGAGAUCCAGGCCUUGAGUGGCUGCAGCCAUCCCAACGUGGUGAGCUACUUCACCUCCUUCGUGGUGAGAGACGAGCUGUGGCUGGUCAUGAGGCUGCUGGGAGGCGGGUCGAUGCUGGAUAUCAUCAAAGGCGCCAGCAAGGAGGAGCAGAGAAGCGGAGGGCUGGAUGAGCCGAUCAUUGCCACCAUAUUAAAAGAAGUCUUAGAAGGCCUGGACUACCUGCACAGACAUGGACAGAUACACAGGGACGUGAAGGCAGGAAACAUCUUGCUGGGAGAUGACGGUUCUGUUCAGAUUGCAGAUUUCGGAGUAAGUUCGUUUCUAGCCACAGGGGGCGACAUCUCCAGGAACAAAGUCCGGAAGACCUUUGUCGGAACGCCAUGCUGGAUGGCCCCCGAGGUCAUGGAGCAGGUACGAGGCUACGACUUCAAGGCUGACAUCUGGAGCUUCGGGAUCACAGCUAUCGAGCUGGCCACAGGCUGUGCUCCUUACCAUCAGUAUCCACCCAUGAAGGUCCUAAUGCUGACCCUGCAGAACGACCCUCCAAGCUUAGAGACCGGUGUCGAGGACAAGGAGCUGCUUAAGAAAUAUGGAAAAUCAUUUAGAAAGCUAAUAACUAUGUGCCUUCAAAAGGACCCCACCAAAAGGCCCACAGCUGCAGAACUUUUGAAGUGUAAAUUCUUUCAAAAAGCAAAGAACAGAGAGUAUCUGGUGGAGACACUCAUGAGUCAGGCCCCAAAGAUACAGAAACAGCGAGCCAAGAAGGUGAGGAGGCCCUCAGGCUCCAGCGGCCGUCUGCAGAAGAUGGCGGACGGGGCCUGGGAGUGGAGCGAAGAGCAGCCGGACACGGGCCGCCGGGAGGCGGGGGCGGGGGGCCUGAAUGACAGGAAGGCCAACAUGGUCCCAAUGGUCACGCGGACUCUUCAGCACCCCCAGGUGGAGCCCUUCCAGAACGAUGCCUUCAUGGACGGUGUGGUUAACCUGGUCCUACGGCUGAGGAACGGCAGGAAGGAGUUGAACGACAUCCGGUUUGAAUUCAGCCCGGGCCGAGACACCUCGGAGGGCGUGUCCCAGGAGCUGUACUCCGCCGGAUUGGUCCACGGACAUGAUGUCAUGAUCGUGGCUGCUAACCUUCAGCGGAUGGUUGAUGACCCAAACACCUACAAAGUACUCACUUUUAAACUCGCCUCCAGCUGCGACGACUCAGAGACCCCGGAUGAGGUGAAGCUGACCGGCUUCGCCCAACUGAGUGUCAUCUGACCACCGAACCCUCCCUUGGAACCCUAAGGGAGGGGGUCAGGGUUAGGAACGCACUGCCUCCCCUAAUCCUGACCCCUACCCUAACCAUAGCCCAGCCUAACCCAAAACCCAGCCUAACCCUAACCAAGCCUUACAGAGACCAGGAGGGACCAGGAGACAGAGACCAGGAGGGACAGAGACCAGUAAGGACAGGGACCAGGAGGGACAGAGACCAGGUGGGACCAGGAGACAGAGACCAGGAGGGACAGGGACAAGGAGGGACAGAGACCAGGAGGGACAGGGACCAGGAGGGACAGAGACCAGGAGGGACCAGGAGACAGAGACCAGGAGGGACAGGGACCAGGAGGGACAGAGACCAGGAGGGACCAGGAGGGACAGAGACCAGGAGGGACAGAGACCAGGAGGGACAGGGACCAGGAGGGACAGAGACCAGGAGGGACCAGGAGGGACAGGGACCAGGAGGGACAGAGACCAGGAGGGACCAGGAGGGACAGAGACCAGGAGGGACAGGGACCAGUAGAACCUCCACUCUGAGACUACAGUAGAACCUCCACUCUGAGACUACAGUAGAACCUCCUCUCUGACUACAGUAGAACCUCCUCUCUGAGACUACAGUAGAACCUCCACUCUGACUACAGUAGAACCUCCACUCUGAGACGACAGUAGAACCUCCACUCUGACUACAGUAGAACCUCCACUCUGACUACAGUAGAACCUCCUCUCUGACUACAGUAGAACCUCCACUCUGACUACAGUAGAACCUCCUCUCUGAGACUACAGUAGAACCUCCACUCUGACUACAGUAGAACCUCCACAGUAGAACCACAACGUACUAGCCAUAGCUUGUCCAAAUACAUCUGUAACCUUUAAAUUACUUAAGUUAUAAUGUAUAUUGAAUAUUAGUCUUUGAUUUUAUUUAUGAGGUACUUUUAUUUGAAUAGUAUGUUGCCUUUAUCCCCGUUUCCUCUGUGAUCAGCUGGUUUUAAACAUUUAUUUUCCUCAAUAAAUAUAUUCGACGACAUACCUA